AUGGUCGAUAGUUGUGAGAAGAGGAAGUUCGUGGGGGAGAGGGAGGGAGACGGUGAUAGGGAGCUACAGGGCUACAGGCCGGAGCAACAGAUCAAUAGGGAAUGGAGGAUAUUGGAGGAUAUGGAGAAUAUGGAGAAUAUGGAUACAGUAGUACCAAAAGUUAGUCAAGUAAGCACAUUCGCGCCCCAGAGGAAGAAACACCGCAUCCGCCGCCCAUUUGAACUUCUCCACAAUAAGGCCGGUCAUCCAAGAGUACCGCCAGUACGGAGUAAAGUCGAUAACCGCCGCGCCAUCACGCGAGUUAUAAUAUGGGGAUUUCAAGGUACCACCGUCUGUACACUCUUAUCUCUGUCCGCGUCUCUCUCAUAUCUCGCCGAGAAAGGCAAAUACGAGGCAAACCGAUCAUCUCAACCCUUCAUAAUACUCCCCCACUAA